AACUCCCAAAGCCCGCGUUGCCUGAAGUACCCAAGCCAAAACUACCUGAAAUGCCUAAGCCAAUGUUGCCCGAGCUACCAAAGCCAAUAGUGCCUGAACUUCCAAAGCCCAAGAUGACAGAGCCUGAGACACCAAAACCCACAGUACCUGAAGUGCCCAAGCCUGCUCAUGAGCCUGAAUUGCCCAAGCUUAAAGUUCCCGAGCUACCAAAACCCAUGGUGCCUGAAGUUCCCAAGCCCACAGUACCUGAGUUGCCAAAGCCAACACUACCAGAGAUUCCCAAGCCUACAGUUCCUGAAAUUCCCAAGCCCACAGUACCCGAGUUGCCAAAGCCAACACUACCAGAAAUUCCCAAGCCUACAGUUCCUGAAGUUCCCAAGCCCAAAUUGCCGGAGCUACCAAAACCCACAGUGCCUGAAGUGCACAAGCCAACGAUGCCCGAGCUGCCAAAGCCUACACUCCCUGAAAUGCCGAAACCUACAUUGCCUGAGUUGCCCAAGCCUGCUGUGCCGGAAGUGCCUAAGCAUUGAAGGGUCAUAUAUAUUCUAGUUUCUUGGGAUUUAUAGUGUGAUAUAUACAUUAUUUCUUUUACUAUGUUAUUUUAUGUGUUGUUUCCGUUUUGAGAUUAUUGUAUUAUGUCCAAUGUUUUAAUUUCAUGUGUAACUUUUGAGCUACCUAUAUAGUGUGAUACUUUGUUCUCUUUUGACAAUAAAUUAAAAUUUACAUAUAUUUUUACUA